AUGGCGUACAGCACGCGCGUCGUGCGGACCAAGUACGGGCCGGUGCGCGGCCUGGUGCUGCAGCAGACGGUGGAGGCCUUCCUGGGCGUGCCGUACGCGUCGCCGCCCGUGGGCGCGCUGCGCUACAUGCCGCCGCUGACGCCGUCGCCGUGGAGGCACACGCGCCUCGCCGACGCGCUGUCGCCCGUCUGCCCGCAGCGCACGCCCGACAUCUCCAACCGCAGCGACGCGCUGCUGCGCUUCCCGCGCGGCCGCCUGCGCCAGCUCGAGCUGCUGCUGCCGCUGCUCGCCAACCAGAGCGAGGACUGCCUCUACCUCAACCUCUACGUGCCGCGAGCCGGUGAGUUCAUUGACAUCGUCGAAGUUAUGAAUUGA